CCCCGCGUCUGGUCUAUUUAUUGUCGCGGGGAAGCAGCGGCCGCCCUGUACCCGGAACAACAAAGCACGAAAGACGGAGCCCGAGCCUUGGGGGCUCCUAGCAACCGGCCGGGGCGGGAGUUCCAUGGAGACUGGGGAGCGCGCUCGCCUCAUCAUCAUCCUUAUCCUCCAGCUUAUCCUUCGCGUCCGCCGCAACCGGCAGCAGCGCUGCCGCCGCGUCCUCUGCCGCCGCCCGCUCUUCCCACGGAUGUGAUCUUCGUGGUGGGAAGCCAAGUUUUUAAACUACCCCAAUGGAUGCAGACAGUGAUGUUGCACUGGACAUUCUAAUUACAAAUGUAGUAUGUGUUUUUAGAACAAGAUGCCAUUUGAACUUAAGGAAGAUUGCUUUAGAGGGAGCAAACGUAAUUUAUAAGCGUGAUGUUGGAAAAGUAUUAAUGAAGCUUAGAAAGCCUAGAAUUACAGCUACAAUUUGGUCCUCAGGAAAAAUUAUUUGCACUGGAGCAACAAGUGAAGAAGAAGCUAAAUUUGGUGCCAGACGUUUAGCCCGUAGUCUCCAGAAACUAGGAUUUCAGGUAAUAUUUACAGAUUUUAAGGUUGUUAACGUUUUGGCAGUGUGUAACAUGCCAUUUGAAAUCCGUUUGCCAGAAUUCACAAAGAACAAUAGACCUCAUGCCAGUUAUGAACCUGAGCUUCAUCCUGCUGUGUGCUAUCGGAUAAAAUCGCUAAGAGCUACAUUACAGAUUUUUUCAACAGGAAGUAUCACAGUAACAGGACCCAAUGUAAAGGCUGUUGCUACUGCUGUGGAACAGAUUUACCCAUUUGUGUUUGAAAGCAGGAAAGAGAUUUUAUAAUUCACCACUUAAUUGGUUAGAAUCCUUAACUGAGCACCUUUUAAAACCUGCUGCACAUUGGACUCAAAAGGAAAACCGGACCAACAGUAACUGAGGAAAUAGACUCUU